GUUUGAAAACACCCAUCCUCGCUUCGUUCCCCAGACAAAGAGCCCUCGCGCCCUCCACAGUCUCUUGUGCCAGCUCAAGCGCCAUCGCUCCACUCGCGCUUCCACGCACAUCGUCACUUCCACCGCGCCGCCCUGAGCGCAUCUCGCGCGACGCGAGGCUGCCGCGACGCAGCCCCGCUGUGCUACAUCGCUCCGCCUCGACGGAAAUUCCCAUUACCCUCUGAGAUUACCCUCGCCGAGCAACCUCACCCCACGGUCGCCGCACAUUAAUACCUGCCGCCGGCGCCUUGAGGUCUGCACUCACCGUGAUAUUUGCCCUGCCGUUUACAUGGCCCCCAUUUCGGGAUCCUCACAUACUUUCCAGAAGCUCAAACUCGACACCUCGGCGUCGCCCAAGCCGGCUGCCUCAACCUUUGCCUCGAUUCCGCGACACGAUGCUCACCAGAAUGGCGCUCUUCCGUCGCAUUCGGCGGCCGAACUCGCCGACCCAGAUCGGAGUCAUUAUGCCCACGGCAUCCCCAUAAAGUGGGAGGAGAACGGCGCAAAUGGGCACCGCGCCUACAACAGCGCCUACCAUGGCCCCGCUGUGGCUGUCGGCAGCAGUGAAGGGGAGGACGACAUUGAAGAGCAAUUCAGAAGGCGGACCAAGUCCAUCAGCUUCAACAAUGAAGUCACGCUUGACAGCGGCAACCGUCUCUCCAUUGAAGAACCUCUGCCGAAACCGGCGCCCAGGCUUUCACAGCCGGAGACCUCCGACGGUGAAGAACUUUCCGACCACGAAUACUUCGAACUUCCCGUGCGCCAACGAAACGGUUUGCAGCAUCGCCUAGGCGAACCAAGAUACCCACUGCUUCAAACCACGGUCGACGAGCUCGCAACCGACCCCGAGUACAACGACCACGUCGCUUCCUUGACCUCCGAAACAACUGCCUCUCCAUUAGAAGAGGCGAGAACACCGCUAGAGACGCCGACCGAAUAUCUGCUCUCACCCCUGCCUACAACUUCUCCAGUCGAGUUUCCUCCAUACUACGGAAGGCGCAACGGAUCUCAGCGAUCUAGGAGCUACCGCUUAGAGAACGGAGACGGCGAGGGAAGCCUACGGAGGGCCAGUCGUCGAUCUUCGGCUCGUUCAGGACGCUCCAUGUCUUCCAUGUCCCCGGCCGCAUCCUUUCUUUCGAGAUACAAAGCAACGGACGGUCCACUAAAGCCAACCGAACCAGACGACGAAGGCCAAGGCAUUGGAUACCACGGCGAAUAUAUUAUUGGCAAACAGAUCGGGUAUGGCGGUUUCAGCGUCGUGAAAGAGGUUACCAGCAUCGAAGAUGGGCGGAGAGUGGUCAAUGCUGUCAAAAUCGUGCGCAAGCAAUUGAAAGACAAGUCGGAGCUGGAGAACGAGCAGAUUCAGACGCAGUUCGAUCACGAGGUGGAAAUAUGGCGGUUCCUGCGACACUCCUACAUUCUACCGCUUCUCCGUGUGUAUACCACCGAUUUCGCAACCUAUUGCAUUACAAAGUUGAACCAGGGCGGCACUUUAUUCGAUCUCGUACGUGAUCUACGCAAGAAGAAGAAGCAUGGGUUGCCGGAACGAUUGGCGAAGCGCUAUACGUACCAGCUUGCAUCAGCGAUGCGGUACUUGCACAACGAUGUGCAGGUUGUCCACCGGGACAUCAAGCUGGAGAACUGCCUCGUCGACAUGACAUCACCUAACGCAGAGGUGGAGGGCGGGGAUCUCCUCCUGUGUGAUUUUGGUAUGGCCGACUUUACCGUGAGCGACCAACGAGACGGGCCAGAACCGCAUUCAGUUGGCGCGAAUCAAAAUAUAGGUCCUGCCGAAACCAGCACGUGUCUCGCUGGCAGUCUGCAAUACGCCGCGCCUGAAUUGUUCAACGCACCCGGUCCGGUGUUCUCACCAGCUGCCGACAUUUGGGCGUUCGGCGUGGUUGUAUAUGCGCUUCUUACCGCAAACCUACCGUUCAAUGGAGGGCUUGACCCGAAGACUUCCCUGAAGAUCCAGAGUGGCGAAUACGACGUCGAUCUUAUUCGCAAAGCAGACGCUGUCCAAAACGGCCGCGUGGAGGACGCGAUUGCGCUCGUUAAGGGCUGUCUUGAGAUGGAGCCCGAGAAGCGCUGGACCGUUCACGAUAUUCUUCGAUGUCGAUGGCUGGAUGGCUGCAUGCAAUUGUAUGAGCAUGUGUCCCGCCCUUGGCUUGCUGAUUCAUAGAAGGUCGUCGGUUUAAGGCGGUAUGGGUGUGGUUAUCGUUUGGUUGCUUUGAUCUUGGUUCGCUUCGGAUACCCUUUUCGUUCUUUCUCGUUGCAUGUCUAUUUCUUGUCUUCGUGGCUUUCAGCGUUGCACAGCUCAGUCUUUUCUGUUGAGUUUUCAGGAUACCCGGCUUCAGUCUCCCUCGUCGAGUAGCGUCCGUCCUGUUGUUUAUGCGCGGUCUGUUCCUUCAUGACUAUCAAUUUUCUGUACGAUACGACUUGCUACCUGAAUAGCUUCUCGCGACCGAAAGCGCAUGGCAAGACGCUCAUGUCCCUCUGUACAUUGUUAGCAGCGUCCGACUCUGGAAAGGCGACGCGCUUAAUGCUAUAAUCAUCGACAUGCCAAGGUUCUCCAAUUUGUGAUCUUUAUUUAGCGCAGAGUGAUGACCUGUGGAGCUGCUUACACGUGGCGG